AUGCUUAAUCCAUUCAACUGUCAUCCUCUCCUUCCUACUCCUUUUCAUUUCUCUAUUUCUUUCUUUUCUUCUUUAUGCUUAAUCCAUUCAACUGUCAUCCUCUCCUUCCUACUCUUUUUUUCAUUUUCUAUUUCUUUCUUUUCUUCUUUAUGCUUAAUCCAUUCAUCUGUCAUCCUCUUUCCUACUCCUUUUCAUUUCUCUAUUUCUUUCUUUUCUUCUUUAUGCUUAAUCCAUUCAUCUGUCAUCCUCUCUUUUCCUACUCCUUUUCAGUUCUCUAUUUCUUUCUUUUCUUCUUUAUGCUUAAUCCAUUCAUCUGUCAUCCUCUCCUUCCUACUCCUUUUCAUUUCUAUUUCUUUUCUUUUCUUCUUUAUGCUUAAUCCAUUCAUCUGUCAUCCUCUCCUUCCUACUCCUUUUCAUUUCUCUAUUUCUUUCUUUUCUUCUUUAUGCUUAAUCCAUUCAACUGUCAUCCUCUCCUUCCUACUCCUUUUCAUUUUCUAUUUCUUUCUUUUCUUCUUUAUGCUUAAUCCAUUCAACUGUCAUCCUCUCCUUCCUUCUCCUUUUCAUUUCUCUAUUUCUUUCUUUUCUUCUUUAUGCUUAAUCCAUUCAACUGUCAUCCUCUCCUUCCUACCCUUUUCAUUUUCUAUUUCUUUCUUUUCUUCUUUAUGCUUAAUCCAUUCAUCUGUCAUCCUCUCUUUCCUACUCCUUUUCAUUUCUCUAUUUCUUUCUUUUCUUCUUUAUGCUUAA